GCGGCCGCACUUCCGUGGCGGGCGGCGGGCGGGCGAUGGCGGCGCAGUUCCGCAGCUACGUGUGGGACCCCGCGCUGAUCGUGGCGCAGAUGGUGCUGCUGCAGGCGGGAUACUACAGCUCGCUCGGGCUCUGGCUCGCCCUCCUCGGCACCCUGGGCAGCACCGGGCCCUCCCUCCAGCAGAUGUUCAGCGACGAGUGCUCUGGGCUUGCUGUACUUCAUCCGCCGAGGGAAGCAGUGCCUGGAUUUCACCGUCACCGUUCACUUCUUCCACCUGCUGGGCUGCUGGAUCUACAACUCGCGCUUCCCCUCGACGCUGACGUGGUGGCUGGUGCACAUCGUGUGCACGGCGCUGAUGGCGGCCAUCGGGGAGUACCUGUGCAUGAGAAUAGAGCUCCGGGAAAUCCCCCUCAACUCCGCCCCCAAGUCCAACGUGUAGACUGACUGCCUCUGGCAGCCACACGCUGCGUUUGGUCAUUGUUCCCAGCACAAUGCAUCCAAUGCCUCAGAACCACCCCUCGAGAAGCACAGCAGGUCUGUUUAGACUUUAUGGUUUUUUUUCUUUCGGACCUCGGUGACUGCAUGAGUGUGAGCGUCUCCUCUGGCAUCGGCUGACAGCGGGGGAGGAGCAGAUGUUUAUUUUGUUAACACAAAGGAUUAAUAUGACUGGAUGGAGAGUGUGCCCUUAAACUCUUCGCUCAUGAGACUGUUAAAAGCCAGGUAGCAAAACUCGGUGUGUGAGGAGCAUUUGGAAUUGAACGAUGUGGGAGUGCCCUGAACGGGUGACACAAUGGUCAGCUCUUCUUGCUGGAGCUGGCACGGUGAGCAGUGGGGCUGGGAGCUGCUGCUUCCAAUCUGUGACUUCUUUGGGCUUUGCCUGGGAAAGAGUCAAGGAAGUGAAUGGAUGGGGAGAAAGAAAAUAGUUGUACUUACCUGAAUCACCAGCUGAGACACUAAAUAAUAACCUGUAACGUUAGAUGGGUUUGUUUGCCGUUUCCAUGUUUGAUACAUAGAGGUGACAGACAGCAGUUUGCUGAAGAAAUCUUUUGUAAUAAUAAAAAUAUAAUGUUGCUGUGAGUGUUACGGCUCUCCUGGGAAGCUGAGCACUUCAAGAAAUACCAGAGUGUCUGUAUCAUGGCAACAGAAGGAUGCAGCCAGAAAACACUUGGCUGUGAGGUGCCCACUGUCUGGGGCACAUCAGAUUUCCUACAAUAAACAUUUCAUACCUCUGCUCUGAAA